UGCCGCACGCCGGUAGAUCGUGACGUCUCCCUAUUUGCAUAUGACAUUGAGACGUCACCAAGGCCGGCACCGCCCCCCGGCUCGGGUCGCCUGUCCUCCCGUGACCCAGUAGGAGCUGGGUCGGGGCUGGGCCCACGCAGGAGGGGCGCUGAGAAGCAGCAGGACCGGAGGGGCCUCGGCCGUUUCCUAGGCUAACCCAGGUGUUGGGGUCAGGCCUCUGAUCCCGUAUUUUCUCCUUGGGUUCGGGCGGCGCUGCUGGGUCUAGGCUGGGGGGGGGGGUCCUCAGGAGUUAAGGGGCAGCCCUGAGCUCCAGCCCUAGGUCGUUGGGGCGGCGCCAGAUGGUGGAAUACCCUCUCUCCAGCUCCAUGCUCUGCACCCCCGGGACUACCGUAACGUUUUCCUAAUCGCUGUUGUGUGCCGCGCUUUAGCUGAUGUCACUCCCAGCCCCCAAACAAGGGGUCUUAGACUCCAUUUCAUGGAAGGGGAAACUGAGGCCCAGAGAGAAGAAGUUGCUUACCGGAGGUCAUGAAGCCAAUUCGAGUCAUGCUUAUUGAGUGAAUGACAGAUGCAUUAGCCACAGCAUGCCUGGUAGGAACUCAAUACAAGUAACAACUUACACAUUCUCCUAACCCUGGACUCUACUUUAGGCUGAGUACCAUCCAAAUUCGAUGGGGGCUUUUAGGUCCCCUCAUUCCUGGACCUUUUUCCAGGAGGUCUCUGGAGACGGGGUCCCCUUUUGUGGCCUUGACCCUCACUCUGUACCUUCGAGUCCCAGAGCCCAAUAAAAUCGCUGCCUCCCAGCUUCUUUGACCACAAAAAGGUUUCUACACUGCCGUAGGACGCCCCCCCCCCCCAGGCCCUUUCAUCCCCGGCCAUGUUCCAGCGCCUCACCAGCCUCUUCUUCAGUACUCCCCCUCCCCCCGAGGACCCCGAAUGCCCCCGAGCCUUCGUCUCCGAGGAGGAUGAAGUGGACGGCUGGCUCAUCAUUGACCUGCCGGACAGCUACGCGGCUCCACCCAGCCCCGGGGCCGCCCCUGCCCCAGCAGGCCGCCCCCCGCCCGCGCCCUCCUUGAUGGACGAGAGCUGGUUUGUUACCCCUCCCGCCUGUUUUACUGCAGAGGGGCCCGGACUCGGGCCCGCCCGCCUCCAGAGCAGCCCCCUGGAGGAUCUCCUCAUCGAGCACCCCAGCAUGUCCGUUUACGUCACCGGCAGCACCAUAGUCCUGGAGCCUGGGCCCCCUUCCCCGCACCCCGACGCUGACCUGCCAGACGGCGACCUUAGCGAAGGACAGCGCGGGGACUGGGUGGGCGGAGUGUCCGGCCGUGACCGAGCCUGCUCUGUCCCCGCAGGGAGUUGGCCGGCGCGGGCCGCUCUGCUGGAGAAGGCCGGCCAGGCGCGGCGGCUGCAGCGAGCCCGGCAGCGGGCCGAGCGCCACGCGCUGAGCGCCAAGGUGGUGCAGCGGCAGAACCGCGCCCGCGAGAGCCGUUCGCGCCGGCCCAAGCACCAGGGCAGCUUCGUCUACCAGCCGUGCCAGCGCCAGUUCAACUACUGAGGGUCCUCCGGCCGAACCACAGACCCCUCGCCGACUCCCGACCCCUGUCGGGCCCCUCCGCCGCGGCCAGUGUGUUGCUCGAGGAGCGCCCGCAGCCCACCUGGGUUGGACACUACAACCUCCCUCCUCCUUAAGUGAGGUGGGGUGCUAGCCCCUCUCCCCACCUCGAUUUUUCCACCUCUGAUCCUCUGAUCCGACUCUGAACUCCCUCCUGUCCUUCACCCUCCGACCCCAUGCCUGGCAUCUAAUCCUCCAUUUCCUUCCCCCUUGACGCUCCAUCUUUCCUUUUCUUCUUGGGUCCCUGUCCCCAUCUCUGCCUUGACAUUCCCCUUCAUCAUUGACCUCCGGUCCUGUACCUCUGGCCCACUCCUUCUUCCACUAGUCUCUUCUACUCCAUCUAGCUCUCUUCCCUUCCUUCAGGUCCCACGUUACAAGCUUCAUCCUAUAUCGUGUUUGGCACUACACUCACUCCUGCUCCCUUAUUCAUUCCCAGUAAUUCCCUCCCAAAUGGAUGGGGGAGUGGGAGCUGAGACCAAAGGGUUCUGCCUUUAGUCUCCUCCUUCCCUCUCCUCUUGGAGUUGUUUAGGCCUGGAAAGGUAAAGUAUGUGGAACAGGACUGUGAGAUGUGAGUUAGAGGGAGAAGGUGGAGGGAACUGAGGGAAAGAGGUAGCCUACUGGAAACGUAGAGAGGACAUACAGGUUAAGAAGCUGUAGGGAGCAGGGCACCAUGGGAACUGAGCAGCUUGCUGAGACAGGCCAAGCCCUCCUCUUGGGCUUGAGCCUGAAGUCGGCCCCCACUUCCCUUGCCUAUAAUCCCACUUUCAAAUCUCUUCCAGAAAUCCACCCCUCUGGACAUCCCUGAGUCUGAAGGGCUUAGUACCUUGUUGCCCUACCCCCAACAUGUCACCCCAGGAGUAGAGGCUGGGCAAGGCCCUGCCAUCCUGGCCAUCUGUUCACAUGCCCAAGGUGCUAGAACUAGUUUAGGAGAGAUGCAGGCCAGACGGCUUCUAGGCAGGGAAAAUUGUACACCCCAGAGUAAGAAUGCAGGAGAGUGAUGCUGAGGAGGACAAGCUGUGGGGUGAAGCCAUCCCAAGACUGACGGCUCAGCCUUCAUGUUGCCUCUGGGCUUGUAUUUCACACUCUGCCUAGGACGACUAAUAAACACUCCUGGGUAGGAAGCCAGGAGCCCCACUGGCCCAAUCCCCAAAUAGUUCCUAUCCAGGGUCAGGGCCUCUCAUUUCCUCCCCCCAAGGCUCUUCUUUUCCAGUCUGAGGGGGAGAAAUGGGUGCCCUAUGGUUCCCCUUGCCCUGUCUGCCAGUAAGUAACUGGAGGAGGGAACCUAAAUCCAUGGGUGAGAAAGAGGGGACACAGGCAGACAGUGUUGCCCUUCUUGUGGUGGAAGUGAAUUUUGGGCUCAGACACCAGCAACAGCUUCUUGGGAUAUCCCGAGUUGCUUCCCUUUUCCUCUAACUGUCCUUUUCUAGUGUGUGCUUUCUUCCUUGAAACUUUUAAGAUUUCCUGUUACAUACUAACAUAGGUCUUCCCCCUCACGCGGAUUCCAGGUUUCUUGGCCUCACCGCCAAGCUGAGGCUUGGCUGGAAUAACAGCGAUCCCAUGAGGGUAAAGGCAGCUGCCCUCCCUGAUCCUAUAGCCUCAAGCCUCAGGUUGGGUAUAUGGAUAAGGGAAGGAAGGGGUAGCCCUAUGGUUGCUGGCAUGGGGACAGAGGAAGUUCCUGUUGGGGUCUCCUAUCCAAGGGAGUAAACUAAAUCUACAGUAAAGGCAGAUCAAAGUCCCUACACCAGUCCACUAGGGCCCCAGUAGUCGACAACCUUGCUGCUCUUGCCAAGGUUCUCCUGCAGUUGCUUUUAUUCUUCCAGCUACUCCCCAGCCAGCUUAGGGUCUCCAGCACUUCCAAGAGCUGAAACUCCCUCCAGCUCUUCCUGCCUACUCCUUUGCUGCCAGCUGGGGCAUAGGCUCAGUACUGGGCAGUCCCCAUGAUCCCUGUGGGAGGGGGGAAGAGGGAGUUAUAGGGCAUUUGGUUCAAAUUUCAAAAGGCCCCUCCCUUACACAUAUUUUUGGAGGCUCCUGUAGUUCUAGAACUCUGCAAUCUCACCACCUAGCUGGUUGUAAGGCUCAUGUGUUUUGUACUUUCCUAUAGAUUCUGUAGCAUUUGAGUGUGUAUAAAUUUCUAAGAACCAACACUACUCAGUCUCCUGCUAGUCUGACUCCUGAAGCAUCAGACCUCGUCAUACUGUAUUGACUGUGUAUGUGCCUUUCACCUUGAGCAUGCUUCAGGAUUUUUUUUUUAAACAGAACUUGAAUACAUGAGGGAACCUGAAUUCACAAAGUCCUAUGCAACCUUAGACAGGAGGGGGUGAGAGAGUCUAUCUUGACUGAUGUUUUCAGAGACUGUGGAGAAGUUUGUAUUAAUUAAUGUCAAUACUACCAGCACUUUGCCAAAACGGAGUAUGUCAGAGGGACCCGUUUCUAGAGUGAGACCCAAGACAUCAAAGGGCAACUUACAGUAAUUCCCUAACACGUCUGAGUGCUCUCUUCAAGCUGGCUGUCACUUUCCAGCUUUUGCCAGUUUGGCCCCAGCAGGGUGCCACAUGUGUAUGAAUGCAGUUUGCUGCUGUUUUGGGGUAUGCCUGCUCCCUGACCCCUACCUGGAACCCUGAUCAAUUUGUUCUAACCUAUAAUGUCUUAGGUGCAACAAGGACCCCACUAGAGCCCUUGGAUGCCUUCUCAGAUCUUUGUGGCUUUAUGUGAGGGGACUGAAUGCAGACACACCAGAGCCCCUUUUAUCUUCCCUUUUGCCCUGCCACCUAGUUCCACAUGGAACCAACAAGUUGAGUGCAUCCCUCGUAGGUGUUUUGUGUUGAGACUGGCUGAAAUGAGAAGACUGGUUGACCAUGUUGUGACAUGUUGACAGACUUAAGGACACAACCACCUCGAUCCAGUCAUGUGGCAUGCCUGUGUAUGUGUAUAACAGGAUUCUGAUUGUUAGAUUUUAAUGUUAUUCCUCUAUGGGAGAAAAAAAUUAAUAUAAAGAAAAACAAAUAAAAAUCUAUUUAAAGCA